GGCACGAAGAGUUGAGGAUGGCGGAAAAUGAAAUAGAAGUGGAAGAGCAGUCACAGGAAGUGACACCAUCUUCUUCGUCUUCGUUAAUGGUGGAAGACGACGCUGAGACGAAGCUCAAGCACUUGGAUUUCGUCCAAGUCGCGGCGAUUUACUUAGCCGUGUGUUUGUCGAGGCUCUACGAGUUGGCUAAAGACAACGCUGGUCCUCUCAAACUCGGUGUCGACAACAUCGAAGCCACCGUUCAAACGGUACUCGCACCGUUAUACGACUCAUUCCACGACGUUCCUUUCAAGCUUCUCCUCUUCGUCGAUCGUAAGGUGGACGACGUGUUCUUCGAUGUGGAAACGUACGUUCCCUCUUUGGUGAAGCAAGCUUCUAGCCAAGCCCUCACGGUGGCCACGGAGGUUCAACGCUCUGGCGUCCUCGACACUACCAAGAGCAUCGCCAGGAACGUCCGCGACAAGUACGAACCAGUUGCCGAGUAUUACGCAGCGGCGGUGUGGCGGUUGCUGAAUCGAGUGCCCUUGUUCCCGGAAGUUGCGCAGCUCCUGAUCCCAACCGCGUUUCACUGGUCGGACAAGUACAACGACGCCGUUCGUUACAUCGGCGAACGAGACUUCUGGGUGGCAGAGUAUCUACCCAUGAUUCCUGUCGACAAGAUAUCUUAUAUAUUGUGCCAAGAUCAGUGUCGUCGAGCCGACCAGUUCCACUAAUGUAAUGAUGGCUCAGUCAAUGAUAGCCAAUGAUUCCUUGUUCAGAUCAGUUUACAUGUACUCUGGAUCUUGUUUCUGUUCUUGUUUCGUUGAAAAUUUCCCUUUCAAGACGCGAUCUUCUAUUUCGAUUGUUCCAUUUAAAGAAUUUCCCUUUUAAUAACAAGAGAGGAUAAGAGACAACUCAA